AUGUCGGCGUCAGCACCUCGUCUCCCCGGCCAGCGCGCCACACCGCAUCUCUUUCACCGUGACAUGCAGUUAGCACUGAAUCAUGCCGAUGAAGCAGACCUGCCCAUCAUAGCGCCAAACUAUUCACCUGGCCUGCACAACGUGAUUAUAGCACUCGGUCUGGCGUAUGCUGAGGAAGACUAUCUGCGAGACACGACUACCCGUAACAUGUUCAUUAAGGAGGCUGACCAGCGGUUGGAGGAGGAGCUUACGAGACCAUGCCUUGCUACUGUGCAAGCACUGGCACUGCGUACCAGUUUCUCGUCUACUGCUGUGGGGCUCCAUGUCGACACUUCCGCCUUGGUAAACCAUGGUAAACUGGCACCCGAGGGAUAUGUACAGCGCAACGUCACAUUCUGGUCCAUUUUUGUGCAAGAGGAAAUGUGGGCCAUCUACAUUGGACGGCCAUCAUUGAUGUCCGUGUUCUCCACUCAGCUUCCAUUGCCAGAUUCCACUACUGAUGAACAAGAGUGGAUAUGGCCGGCUGGGCCAAUGGCCGCGAUGCCACCUCAGCCGUCCUACCUGAGCGUUACGUUUGUAUACACGGCCAAGCUCAUGGUAAUUGCGACCGAAAUGACCAACACAAUGUACACGGGCAAAUUCAACAAGUCGUCCCUCAUUCAGAAUGGCACUAUCCAGCGGUUGAGUGAUGAACUCGACGCCUUGUAUCGGGGAUUGCCAGAGCAGCUGCUGCUCGACCUCGAUUCACAACCGCCAACACUGCCCCACAUUAUCCUGCUUCAUUUGUGCUGGAGCUGGAUUGUCAUUCUUCUUCUUCAACCAGUCAGCCACGUCUCCGCCGGUGGGGGCACAGUUGAAGAGGACGAGUUCGCAAUCUACGCCAUGACGCGGUGCUACGAUGCCGCACUCAAUAUUGAGGCUUUGGCAACUCUAUACCAGGCACAACACUCCUUGCAACUCACACCACCAACGAUGGCCCAAAUCGUGUACACGGCCGGCACAGCGUUUCUGUUUGCUGCAGCGCAAGCUGCACACCCGGUACCACCCGCUGAAGCAGUGAAAAAGGUCCGAGGGGCUCUGACUCUGCUGAAUGAGAUCAGUGCCACAUGGAACGCUGGAAGGCAAAAGGCCAACAUCCUCGAAGAUUUGUUAGCCGCCUACGAAGAGGCUGCACAGGACAGGACGCUGGCUCGAGGAGCCCCCUCAGCUCAAGUUACGCAAGUAUCUUCAACAACAGUUCCUACGAACCCCCUCCCCUCAGGGAGUGGCUGGUUUGACGGCACCAUGCCGCCCGAUAUGCUGUCGGGGCAAAAUCUCUCUAUCCCGGCAGCCACAGACAUGAUAUGGGCGGAAACAUCAGAGCUGGACGAGUUUAUUCGCACGUUGUUGUCGCACAACCCACUGUCUGGCGACUUCAAUCUCAACUAG